AUGUAUGGACCAUUGAUAUUGUUUUUGUUUACAGUCAGCCAAACCAAUGCAGAAUAUGAUCCUCUAGUAGAUAGCCUAAAAGCUAUAACAAUUCCAGAAAAGCUUCAAGGUAUAUCUGCCAAGGUGGUCGUAAAAUCUAGCCGCUGCAGUUCUACCUGUGGUGUCGGUACCAAGACUGAGAAGAGGUGUAUGAUAGAUAAAUAUAACAAAAGGAGAAAGUGCGAGGAAGUGGUCGUAAAAUGUGUGAUUGCUUUCCUUUGUGGCAUGCACACGUACACACUUACCGCUGGUGAAAAUUUUAGCAUUAAUUGUCUGAGCAAACGCAAUUCCGAUGUGCAAAAAGACAUUAAAUACUACUGGCAACUCAGCAGAGGCAUCUUGACAACUGAUGACAAUCUGUUUAGGCCACUGAAGAUCUUUAACUAUUUGAUCGAAUUUUCACCCAUCAAAGAGAAAGAUGCUGGAACUUAUCGCUGUGAUAUUCAAGAUAUCAGCAGUUCAUUUCUAGUGAAACGAAUCUAUUUUGGUAUAAAAGUUCUUUCUCCUGACCUGCUUGAUCUUAACUUUGAAAAAUUUGUGAUUUCUAAAUCGGACCUGAAAGUUUUAGAAAAAGAAGAACUUAACAAUUUAAAAAGCAAUCACACAUUGAAUAAUAUCUCCAUGUAUGGGAGGAACAUGUACAUUAUUCUCGGAGUUGGUUGUGGUGGAGGGAUCCUUGGAGGCAUUCUUCUUGCAGUAGCUCUUCUUCGCCCAUCCAACAUUACAAGCAAAGAAGAUGACGAAGUAUAG